GUUUAGUUUCUAUCGUCGUGGCAGCAGUGGCAGUGGAUUGUAGUGGAUAGAGGAAAUUGAUAAGGCUCGUAACAAGCUCGGUGGUAUAGUAAAUAAAAAUGAUAUUGAAAUCUGUUAUAUUAAUCGGAGGUCCUUUAAAAGGAACUAGAUUUAGACCCCUUUCUUUGGACAUACCGAAGCCACUGUUUCCAGUUGCUGGACUACCAGUGAUACAACACCAUAUAGAAGCUUGUUCAAAGGUGGAGAAUCUUAGUGAAAUAUUAAUAAUUGGAUCAUAUCUUGCAAGCGAUUUGUCUCAAUUUAUUCAAGAAAUGACGAGUAUGUAUGGUAUAACCAUCAGGUAUCUUCAAGAAUUUAUGCCACUAGGAACCGCAGGGGGGAUUUAUCAUUUCCGUGAUCAAAUACGAUCAGGUUCUCCUACGUACUUUUUUGUAAUGAACGGCGAUGUAUGCGCCGAUUUUCCUUUGCAAGAAAUAGUUGAAUUUCAUACAAAGAAACAGGCAUUGCUUACUAUUAUGGCUACUGAAGCGACAAGACAGCAGUCCUUGAAUUAUGGAUGUAUGGUGCUUGGGAAAGAAGGAGAAGUCGCUCACUAUGUAGAGAAGCCGUCGACAUUUGUUUCAACCCUAAUCAACUGUGGAAUAUAUCUUGCUUCGCCAGAUAUCUCCCAAGUUAUGGCAGAUGCUUUUUACGCUGGUCAACAACAGGAAAACUUUACUCAAUUUAACGGUAACGGUAGAGACCCAGGUUACAUAUCUUUCGAGCAAGAUAUAUUAACACGAUUGGCGGGAACAGGACGCUUAUUCGCGUUGCCUGUUCUAAGGUGGUGGUCACAAGUUAAAACAGCAGGUUCCGCCAUAUAUGCUAACCGUCACUAUUUAGCUCUUUACAAGAAAACUCAUCUAAAUCGUCUAUCUCCUACAACUAGCGAACUUUGUCAUAUUAUUGGCGAUGUUUACAUUCAUCCUUCGGCCACUGUAGACUCAACAGCAGUGUUGGGUCCAAAUGUGAGCAUAGGUCCGAACGCUAUCAUUGCCCGUGGCGUUAGAAUUAAAGAGUCAAUUAUAUUAGCAGAUGCUCGUAUUCAAGCACAUUCCAUUGUUUUACAUAGUAUAGUGGGAAAGAGCAGCUACGUAGGAGAAUGGGCGCGUAUAGAGGGAACUCCAUGCGACCCCAAUCCUGACAAGCCAUUUGCAAAAAUGGAAAAUUUGCCUCUGUUUAACACCAAUGGGAAGCUAAACCCUUCUAUAACAAUCCUUGGCACAAGUGUACGUUUGGCGGCUGAGAAAAUUUUAUUGAAUUCUAUUGUUUUACCGCACAAAGAGCUUACAAGGAAUUUUAAGAAUGAAAUUAUUCUUUAAGGUAUCCGCGAUCCGCAUUUGAUACGAUUAAAUCGAAAGCGGUCUAUUUCGGUUCAAUUGCUUUAUAAACAGUUCCUUUCUUGUUAACUUUUAUUGUACGUACUAAAAACUGUCAUUUUGUAAGAUGGGUACUUUAACGCAAAAAUCAAUUCUUUUUUUUCUUUUAUACAGAAAUUUGUUACCAACGCACAAUACGUAAAGCCAUAAAGUAUUUAUACAAAUGUAAAUGUUUUAUAUAGAUUUUAUUAUACAUAAUUGUCGCCUGUAAAUGAUUAAUGUAUACUAAAAAAAAAGUAUACAUAUAUAAAGCUUUUUGAUGUUUAUAUUAUGUAUAUUUCUAUAUUUAUAUUUUUACAAUUUGCAUUUAUAAAUUAAGUACAAAUUUAAUUCUGAGAGAUCGAUAAGGUAAAAUUGAUUAAAAAAUGUUUUAUUACCGAUAAGAACAAAUUUACACGAUAUCCUAUAAAAAAAUAUUUAUAAUGUAUAUAUCAAAUUGUAAUAUGAGGAAAGAUGUGUAUUUAAACAAAAAUGGACAUACACGCAAUAGCUAUGAUAAAGAGACUGAAAGAUUAAAAAUAUUUUAACUGUUGUAAAGAAAGAAAUAUAUUAAUAUUUAUUUUUUAA